GGGGUUUUCCAGAAUCUAUUGCUACCGAAGGGCAUUGUGGGUAGUUAGUCAUCUAGUCCAAGAUGGCGGCAAGCAGGAGGCUGCAUAAGGAACUUGAUGAAAUCCGCAAGUCUGGAAUGAAAAACUUCCGUAACAUCCAAGUUGAUGAGUCGAACAUACUGACUUGGCAAGGGCUUAUUGUUCCAGACAAUCCUCCAUACGAUAAAGGUGCAUUUCGGAUUGAGAUCAUAUUCCCAGCUGAGUAUCCAUUUAAACCCCCAAAGAUCACAUUCAAAACUAAGAUUUACCACCCGAACAUUGAUGAGAAAGGCCAGGUCUGCCUGCCAGUUAUAAGUGCUGAAAACUGGAAACCAGCAACAAAAACUGAUCAAGUAAUCCAGUCUCUCAUCGCUCUUGUCAAUGACCCUCAGCCAGAGCACCCACUGAGGGCUGACCUAGCAGAGGAAUACUCGAAAGACCGAAAAAAAUUCUUUAAAAAUGCAGAAGAGUUUACAAAGAAACAUGGUGAAAAGAGGCCAGUGGACUAAUAAUCUGAGUGGGAUUUCCUCUCACUCCUUUGCCCAACCCUCCAAAUCUCCAAAACCUCUGCCUCUACCUACACCCUCUCACUGAAACCUGCAGCACCCUCUCGGAGCUUGGAGCAGAGCACCCCCAAAGUAUUUCGACCUUGCUACAGAACAUUUCUGAGUAGAUUCUGCUUGCCCUUUGGGUGUCAACUGGAUGGCUGAAUUUUUUUAUUAAGCAGAUGUGAUUCAAAUACAAGUGUAAAUUUACUUGGGGGGCAAGAAUUGUGCGCUGAGGGUGGGGGUAAAUGCUGUUCUUUUUAAUUUGUUCUUAAUUUGCACAGAGCUGUGUACUGGUCAUAACACCUGCUGUGCAAUCGAUUUUUGACUUUUUUUUCCAGAGCUGAUAACUAAAGUGAUCUUGAUUAUAUGAUGUCUUUUCAAUCUUUCCACAAAUGUCUUUGUUCAAACACAAAAUUCAUUCACUAAAUGAUAGGUGCGCUUAAUGUAUUGAGAUUCUAAAGGUGUGUGGCAUCCAUUUCUUUUAUAUUUCUUUUUAUUCGUUUGUUUCUGCUUAGGUUGCACUGUUCUGUGGAAUAAGGUGUUAUGUUUUUCAUAACCUCUGUAACUCAUACAAUAUUCAAAACUGCAAAGUAGUCACUGUUAUCAAUAUGUUUAUGAUGUUAUAAAAAGAAACAAAAACA